CUCCCACUUCAUCUUGCUGUUUCACUUUCUUUUCCUCACCUUCGUGGGCAGCCACAUAUCGUGUUUCUUGUGCUCUAACUUCUUGUUGAACAUCAUUCAUAGAAAAUAGUAGCGACCACCAUAAAGAAAUACAAAGCAAAUAUUAGUAUUGGAACGAAUGUUGUAGUCAUGGGUGACUCUAGCAUUGCAGAAAAGCCAAAAUGUGAGAGUGAUAACGAUCAAUUCAGCUGCUAUCUCAAGUCUAAUACAGUACUGACUGAGAAACACCUCACCAAAAUAGCCAAAUACUUAGCGAAAAAAUGGAAGUCUGUUGGUCGAAAUUUAGGGAUUGAAAAUGCUGACAUAGAUAUAAUACAAAGUGACAACGUACUUAAUACUGAAGAACAGAGUUUUCAAAUGUUGAACAAAUGGUUGAAGAUGUCCAAGCCAGAGAAAGGUACAACUGGCAAUUUAGCUAAAGCUCUCAUUGAUGCUGAUUGUCAUGGUGCGAUUCCAUAUUUACCAUUAGAUGAAGAGUGAUUAGCAGAAAAAAAUUUCUCCACCGUGGUAUGUUUUGAAUAAGAAGACCAUUAUUAUAUCAUUUAAUUUCUAAAUAUCUGCUUAUAUCUGUAUUAAUAUUUGAUUAUACCAGUACUGAUAUGACAUAUAUUGAAGUACCAAAAUAUUUUAAGUGUUUAGGGUCUUAAUCCUGCCUACAUAUAUAUGUUAUUCGAAAUAUGAACAAUAAUAAACCAUAAAAUAAAUUUUUAUUUUUCAAAAUGAAAAAAAAACUAACAGUAAGAUGGAAAUUGUUCAUUUUUGUAUUCUUCUAGUUUCUUUAUUUUGGAAAAGUUUUCUCCUCCUUUUUUAAUUGCAAAGUCUUUGAUCAGAUCCCUAAAAUUAGUUUUACGUAACACAUCUACGUUUAUAAUUAGUAUAGAUAAAGUAUCCUGAAUAUUAUCUUACCAAGUUUAAAGUGAUUUCUUUUGUGCCGUAAACCAUUUACCAUUUCUCAGAUUCCCUGCUUCUCUUGAUGCACUAAGCAUGUAUUUAUUUUGUAUAAUGAUUAAUCCAAUGUUGUAUGUAGGUAUUCAGGAUGUGCAUCAGUUGUUAGCUGAACACUUUUAAUUUUCAAAUGUACCUUGCCUGCUUAACCCUUUUAAUACCAACCUGCCUGAAACUACCCCUGGCUCUAUGAUAACAACCCAUGUUUUCAUAUUACUAACUACUAAGUCAAAAGAAAUUCAAUUUAUUGCAUCUUUAGCGACUUCAGAUAUUGCUUAAUCGACAAUGUAUUAUUUGAAAAGUGAAUAAAACAAAUUCUCAUACUGAGGAGGGAUGGGGGCUGAGAUUCUAACUAGGGGUGCUGAGCACCCCAUAGCCCGCCCACCCCCCGUGGCUACGUGUCUGUGAGAGGACAGACUACUUCUACCCGAAAUUCAUUCAACUAGCAGAGCCUGAAUACUUUUACUAAUUACAGGGUGGCAGCAAUAAGCAGUGACGUGUACAAAUAGAAAGUUAUUAACAGCUCAAAUAUGCUAGGAGCAUAUUCAAAACCGUAAAAAUGUCAUUAAGUGUGUUUUUGCCACUGAGAAAAUUUCUUGCGAUGGUGUUAAUACACCAACAUCAGCUCCCAGCGUCACAAAACACAGUGAACUGCUUUCUUACUGGUUCAAAUAUGCCUCGAGCAUAUUUGAACUGGUAAUAACCUUGGACUUGCACUAAUGUCCACUGAAACGGGGUAUCAACUAAAAAAAGAACAUUUGUCUUCGAGAAAACGCCAGAACGCACAAGGGGGAGGUAAAAGAACAAAGUGAAAUGAGAAAAAAGAGAGUUGUGUCCCUUUGACCUCUUCCACAUCUGGUGCACGUUUUUCUUUAAGGAUAUUUUUCAUAUAAAGGACAAAAAACAAGUUACAGGGAGUAGCAUCGGGUGAAUGGGGGUGGUGAAGGUAAGUGGAGUCAUGCCAUUUUUGGUCAAAAACUGUCUUACACUCCAGACGGUGCGCGCAGGCGCAUUGUCGUGAUAAAACCACCACUCUCCACUUCGCCACAGGUCAUGCAUUUUCGUCUUUGCCGCGUCUUGCAAAUGCUUCAGAACUGCCAAGUGAAAUGUCUGGUUAACAGUUUGGCCUGGAGGAAUAAAUUCUGUGUGGGUAAUUCCUUUUGUGAAGGCGCAUAGCUCAGUGGUUAGAGCGUCGAACUUACGAUCGUGGGUUGUGAGUUUGAAUCCCGAACCGGGCUGCGUGUUGAGUUCUUGAGCAAGACACUUUAUUUCACGUUGCUCCAGUUUCACUCCGCUGUAGAAAUGAGUUGCAAUGUCACUGGUGCCAAGCUGUAUAGACCCUCCUACCUCUCUUUCAGUAACCAAAUCAUCGUCUCUGCCUCAGGAGUCAAACAAGGCGAUCCACUCGGGCCUGCUCUGUUCGCAUUGGGCAUUGAUGGCAUCACUAAGAUGGGGCUCAAGCUAGACCUUAAUAUCUGGUAUCUUGACGAUGCUUCUUUGGAGGGGGAGGGACAUCUAGACAGGGUUCUUGCCAUUGCAAACAAAAUGGUUAAGGAGCUUGGUCGUAGGGUCCCCAAGUAAAUAGCGCUAAAUGUGAGCUCUGGAUCCUCAACCACCUGGCUUCUCAACAUCAACAAUCUAUAGACCUAUUUGUAGAGCCUUUCCCUUCCAUUGCAGUUCCUCCCUCAUCGGUGUGGUGCUCCUUAGGAGCCCCAAUUACUGACCUUGAUUCUAUAUUUGCUUAAAGUCAGCUCCUCUGAGUAAUUCCCAUCUUGCCUCCAUUGCUUCAACAACCUAAUUUUUGAGAGGUUUGAAUACUUGGUCAAUGUCAGGUUCUCUCCAGCGUGCUAUGAUCAGGCUGCAUUGUACAAGCAAUUUGGGGGUCUUGGUCUUUGUAAGUUUACAUCCCUCUCUCUCCCCUCCUUCUGUUCCUCUAUUCACGCCUGCUCCAUCCUGGUGAGCAACAUCUUCUCCUCUCCAACAUGGACCAGUUCCAACAGGGAGUUCGAUGAAGUUCUCCAACACAGUAGUGAAUUGGGCUUGUCUGCUCCUGAGAAGGCGGAGGACUGUCGGAGUCAGAGAGCUUGGGACAAUAUAAUUUCAAAUGCCACCUUCAACUCAUUCUUCAUCCAGUUGGACCAGUUUCCAAGGUGCUGCUUACUAUCUGCUUGCACCAAAUACUCAGGUGACUGGUUUGAUGCCAUUCCUGUGGCUAACAUCAGUGGCCCACUCAGCUUGGACGAACUUUGUGUUUCUAUUGCCCUCAGAGUGGGAGCUGAUGUCUGCAUGAGUUUCAGUUAUUGUUGUGUCAAGCUCCUUGACUUCACAGGCCUCCAUGGUUUUUCUACCCGCCUGAAUGCCGAUCACUUCAAGCAUCAUACGGAAUUAAACCUUACACUCGAGAGGAGUUUGGCCUGGGAAAACAUCCCCUCCAUCAUGGAACCAUCUGGGUUGUCCACAUGUGAUGGGAAAAGACCCGACAGCCUCACCCUGUACCCCUUGUUGAGAGGCAGAUGCUUUGUCUGGGACAUCACAGUUAGUGACUCCUUUGCUUCUUCUCACAUCCUGGAUGCUGUGGCCAGGGUGAGAUCCACAGCUUCUGUGGCUGAGUGGAACAAAAUCCUAAAGUACUACGAUCUGUCAGCCAACUACAUUUUCCAUCUUGUGGCGCUUGAGAUUUUUGGUGGGGUUGGACCACUGACUGCAAGAUUCCUGUCUUUACUGGCAGAUCUCCAAGCAGAGGUAACUGGUGAAUCUUAUAAGGGUGCUUGGUUGUUCCAGCGCAUCAGCCUUCCCAUCACCCGCAGCACCGCUACAAGUGUGGUGUGCCUCAAUAGUCAUUAGAGAAGUUUUCCCAGCACCCCAAAAUGUUCAACCUAAGGUGGUGAAUUGUUUUUGUUUUUUGUUUUGUUGUUUUUCUUCUUCUCACUCUUAUGUAUAUAUUUAAUAAAGGGUUUACUAACCAUGUAAUAUAUCUUUAAAUAAGCAUUACAUUUGACAGAGUAAUCUGAACGCUAAAGGGUCAAUACUUUAGUAUUUAAACCUGCCGUAUCUGGUCCAGAUAUUCUAUCAGUUUUAUGUUUAAAUCAGCCACAUUUAGCUAUUCGUACCCACCCUCCAAUGUCAUUCUAGAAAUAAACGUCAUUAAAAUCUUGAAGGCGCACGCGCACACACAAUCACACGCAUGCCCGCACACACACACACAUCUCAGGCUUUGGUUAGCUGGAAUCAGCACCGAAAACGAAAUAAACUAUGUUAAAUGAAAACAGUUUCAGACUGUUUUGUCACAAAUAUUUUAUUAAGCGUUCCUUAUAUGUAAAGUAAGGGACAUCACUCUUGAGAGAACUAAUUUAGUAAGGGAAAUAACUCGAACUUCUGGACGAGCGAGCAGAAGAUAGACGUCUGUCGAGAUUAAUUGCUAAGAAAAUGCAAUGAAGAGAUUUAAGCAAGAGUCAGGCCAUCACACUGGCAUUGGUACAAAUUCUUCUAUACUAAUAAUUCCUGUAUUUACUCACAGUUUGUAAAUUUAGAGUUGAUACAAAGCAAACAUUCUAUUGCUGAGAUUGUUGGUUCUCAACUUCGGACGAUAUGACUAUUGAGGCUCUAUAUAUGAUUUUGUUGUUUAUGUGCAAGAAACUGGUUGUAUUUAUACAAUACUCAAAAUAUUUUAACUUUUUCCUACAAUUCCCAAUAAUAAUUAGUUAUAAAAUAUACCUGUGCCCAGCGUUGCCUUUCUGGCGCUUGUGCCCGUGGCAUGUGUAAGGACUUUCGAGCGACAUCGUUGCCAGUGCCCCUGGACUGGCCCUUGUGCGGGUGGCACAUAAAAUACACCAUUUCGAGCGUGGUCGUUGCCAGUACCGCCUGACUGGCAUUCGUGCCAGUGGCACGUAAAAUCACCUACUACACUCUCGGAAUGGUUGGCGUUAGGAAGGGCAUCCAGCUGUAGAAACUCUGCCAAAUUAGAUUGGAGCCUGGUGUAGCCAUCUGUUUUCACCAGUCCUCAGUCAAAUCGUCCAACCCAUGCUAGCAUGGAAAGCGGACGUUAAACGACGACGAUGAUGAUGAUGAUGAUUAGUAGGAUAUUUUAAAUGUUGAAUGGCUAUACGGGUCCACCCAUGCAAAUUAGGAAUCAAAGUGGUCCACAGGUAAAAAGGGUUGAGAACCACUGGUCUAGAUUAAUGGCAGUAUCAUACAAAUUAUAUUACCAAAAGAGAACCCUGAAAGGAUGAAAGGCAAAGUCGAUGGCAGUGGAAUUACAGCUCAGAUCAUAAAGAUGGACAAAAAGGCUGCUAAGCAUUUUACCCUGUGCAAUAAUGAUUCUAUAUACCAUUCAGUAUCCUGUACUGAGUCUGCCAAGGUCGACUUUGCCUUUCAUCCUUUCGGGGUCGAUAAAUUAAGUGUCAGUUGCGUACUGAGGUCGAUCUAAUCGACUGCCACCCCCCCUCCCACAACAUUUUGGACCGUGUGAUUAGAAUAGAAAAGAAUAUCCUUUAUUGAGUAACAGACCCUGUUUUUGAAGGUGGUUAAUUUGCAUAUAGUGUAUCAAAAAUAGUUUGGUUCUUUACUUUUUCUUUGUGGAUUGGUAAAGAUUAAACAUACUCUGCUUGAGAAGUGUAUUAAUCUGUACUUGUAUCUGUAAAAUAAAAUCAUGUUCCUUACUUUUC